CGACCCAAAGGCCCCCCCCCCCCAAUUGCCGGGUGUGUGGUCAAGCCAACCUUCACUCACGACCAGUCUACCACCUUCCACUACGACCUGGAUCUGCGCCAGCCAUACCCGGUUUCCUCCCCUCCCUUCUCUCUGGUGGUUAUCCUGCGUCAUUGCCACGAAACCACCACCACCACCACCAUCGUCACCUUGCCUGCAUCUGGGAAAGCAUGUAUUGCAAUAAUGGUCUAAUAUGGUGUCUGGGUUCUGUUAAACGAUAAUUCUUACGGAUAUGGAUUUCAUUCUUUCUUUGACGCAUUUUUGCGAGGUGCAUGGUCCCACCUCGAUCAUCUGCUCGCAGGUCCUACCGUUCCCGUGUUCGCAAUGCUAUCCCGACCAAUCUGACUUUUCUCCCGACGAUACUCCUGCGACUUCUCACGACACCGUUUCAUCCCACGGCCUGCAGAGCCGCACAAACAACAAAUAUCCCCCGAAUUUUAAACCAUCCGACAGAUCUCCUCGAAUCGAAGACCAUCCGUACUUUCUCAAAGGGCAAACCUCGCCCGGUGAAACUCCACAGAAGUUCAAUAUCUUGGGAGGUGCGGACGGCGACACCUGCGCCAGUUGUAGUUUGACUUUGCCCGAGGAUGUGAGCAAACAACUACCGCCUGGGGCUCCAGGAACGGCCCGGAGUGACGGCAAGGGGAGGAAUGGCAGCCCUGUCUUGCGGUCUCGAGAGGUAGUCUACUCCUGCGGCACCAGUCAUGCCGAUCACGACGAGAGCACACACGACCCGCAUGCUCAUGCGUCCUACCCGGACUCCCUUCAUUCGUCCUCCGUUACGUCGGACGCCUCUUGUCAUACACACAUACUCACCUAUCUUUCAUUGCGCGGGCCUCCCAACCCGGCAGAUUACGCGCUUCUUCGACGCUCCUCCAUCCGGACACUCAGCUGCGAACUUCUGCCGCGGGGUCUCUCUUCGGGUCCCCUGUGUUUUGGCGACUCUACUGCGGGUUACACGAUAGCUUACAUCUUUCGCCUGCCUGACCCCAUGGCUCGCGGGAAACGGCGUAGCUACGCACUGGUGGCAUUGGCAGGCAAAGAUGCCGGAAGAGCGUUCCGUGCCUGUCCCGCGAUCUGGCGCACGUUCGGUCGAAUUGCGGCGGGAAUUGUCCAGUCGGCAGAGAAAUACCAGGAGGAGGAAAAGCGCCGCGAUGAACAGAACAACGGGUCAAAUAGACGCGGAAGCAGACAAUACACUCCGGUUUCCUCAUUUCUUACGGGGCGCGCCAUUGACCCAGAUGGGCAGCCGCGCCGACCUGGCCAGGUUCGGGCACGAAACCUUUCGGAGAUUGUGGGAAACCAAUACAUCUUUGCGGAGAUUCACGCACAUUUUGUUGCGCUCUUACAGCAGUUGGGCACGAUGUUUGGGGCCGCCCCGAUUUCCGAAGAACGCUUUGUUUGCAGUACGGUACGCGAAGAGGAAGGCACCAAUGCUUCGCGGCAAUCUGCCUUGAUGGCUGGCGGCAAGGAAAAGACGAAGGAUAAGCUUUCGCAACAAUACGAGGACAGCGACUUGGGAAUGUCCACUCUUGAUAUUUCUUCGGGACCCAAACCCAUUCCUAUCGCACCGCGCCGACCAGUCAUCGCGUAG